AGCGUGUGAGCCUUCACGUGUGAACCGAAGAAGCACCCACACAAUUUCUCAUCUCAUCCGCCCGCCAAUCGCGAAGAGGGAAACAAAGGAAACCAUUGCAGUUUUCUUUUCAAAAUUGGAAACUUCGUAGUCGUCUCCACCAAGCAACAACCUUCAUAAAUACCCACCCACCCCCACACGCGGUUAUAGUUAUUAUACUUGCCCUUUCCCCCACCCCCUCUUCCUCAUACUCACAAGAAACGAGUUCCCAAUUUUUCAUUUCCCACCUCCGAAACCCUAAUUCUGUCGCCGACAUGAACCUCACCCAACCCCAGCACAUCGAAAGCGACCUCCAAGUCGAAUCCUUGGCUUUCCACGACAAAUUAAAUCUUCACAACGGUGAACAAGAUGAAGAAGAUGAAGGUGAUGAAGAUUUCUCCUUUGUGUGCGUCAAUCCUGAUGCUUCCUCCCCAAUCAGCGCCGACGAUGCCUUCUAUAACGGCCAGAUCCGUCCCGUUUACCCACUCUUCGAUCGAGACCUCCUCUUUGUAGACGAAACGCUUCCGCCGCCCUUGAGGAAGGUGUUCGUGGAAAAGCCUGAUACUGAUCUGGCAUCCGUAUCGGAGUCGGAGGGAGCUAUUGAGGGCACCUACUGCGAGUGGUCUCCGGCAACGGCAGAGCUCGGGAAGAAGAGCAACUCCACUGGCUUCUCCAAGCUUUGGAGAUUCCGGGACUUUAUGACGGUGCACCGAAGCAGCAGUGAUGGCAAAAACGCCUUCGUUUUCUUGAGCAAUAACCAUCCCUCCACCACCUCUAGGAGCAAUAACAGUCCCUCCACCACCUGUAGUUCCAGUUCCCCCAAUUCUUCCUCCAAAAACAGCAGCCCCCACAAGCAGCUUCCACCUCAAACAUCAUCCUCCCCCCAUCAGACACACUAUGUUAAAAGCAGAGCCCAGAAGAAGCAAGUCCACAAACACAAGUCCUAUCUCCCCUACCGCCAGGAUUUGGUUGGCUUCUUCACCACCGUCAAUGGAUUCACCAAAAAUGUCCAUCCUUUCUAAUUCAGUAUUCUUUUAUUCUUCCCUUUCUUUAUAAUUUCUUGUAAAUAUCUCUACCCCCAACAACCCAUAAUUUUGGAAUUACCAAUGCAAUACGAUGCGAUGCGACAGAACUUUAAAUU